CUCAUGAAUUUGCCAUUAAUUUUAAUCCCACCAACCCUUUUUGCCUUGGUGUGGAAGGCAUCGUCCAGGCCUACUCCAGUUGCCUGCCUCACAUUCGCUUCUACGGACCCACCAACUUCUCCCCCAUCAUUAACCACGUGGCUCGGUUCGCGGCCCAAGCGACCCAGCAGGAAUCUGCCAGCAAGCAAUAUUUCAUCCUGCUGAUCAUCACCGAUGGUGUCAUCAGCGACAUGGAUGAGACACGGCACGCUGUCGUACAGGCCUCCAGGCUGCCCAUGUCCAUCAUCAUCAUUGGGGUUGGGAACGCAGACUUUGCUGCCAUGGAGUUUCUGGAUGCAGACAAUCGCAUGCUCCGGUCGUACACAGGCGAGGAGGCUGUGCGGGAUAUUGUCCAGUUUGUGCCAUUCCGUGAAUUCCGCAAUGCACCCAAAGAAACGUUGGCGAAGGCUGUGUUGGCAGAACUCCCACAGCAAGUGGUUCAAUACUUCAAGCACCAGAAUCUGGCACCCCUCAACUCGGAACCCGCUUAGAAGAGUCAACCGUUUGCUCCUGGCCUGCAUGUAUCCCACAUCCGUUGGUGGCAGAAGAUUGCAUGUCUCCCGUGGUUUCCAAUAACGUUUCGUUUCACCGAGUUCAUUUAAUCAAAAGGAGCAAAGUGUCACCCGAUUCCUUCCGAAGGCAACUUUGCAGCGUUGAGAAGUUUAGGCAUCUGCCUUCAUGGAUCUUCAAGGAAGGAAAGAACCCACCGUGGCCAACAGUGGACAUGCCUUGAUUCCACAAGUCAACUUUUAAGUAUCUGAAUGUACUUUGUAUGGGUUUUGUGGAACGAGAGGACCUUUUUACAGCCGCAACUUACUGUCUCCCAAGUGUGAUGUUCUCAAAAUCUCGUUGCCCAAAGAAAUGUGGAUCAGCCUUCAAUGUGUUGUAACUUGUACUUCUGCUCUACGUCCAUUUUUAUACCUUGUACACAUGAUUAUUUGUUAUACUCAGGUUAAUAAAGAACCCUGAACUCUUCACAUUUCGGUUGAAGCCUGCUAUGAUAGGAGCCCACUGGCCUCCUGCAGUUUCUUUGAACCAAAUCCCUCCAGGUGAGUUACAUCUCAACUCCCGGUCAAGGUUGCCCCAAAUACCUGCGAAGGGCACCAGAUGGGUGCUUACAUCCUUCCCUAAAUGCCAGUUUACAACUCUCAGAACCUGUUUCAUUUGCGAGAGAUGCUGGAUUUGUGUGAGGGAAAAGGUGAGCUAGACCAUAAUUGGUUUCAGACCAUUCAUCCUCGACUUAGGUUGGUUUAGCAACUGUUUGACAUUACAAUGCCACUGAAAAAGUGACUUAUGACUGGUCCUUGGACUUAUGACUCUCCCCAUGGCCACAAAGAUCAACAUUUGGACACAUGGCAACCAGCCUAUCUUCAUGUCAGUUAAAGCGUCCCAUGGUCAUGUAUUUGCCAUUUGGGACCAUCCCAGCUGGCUUCCGACAAGCAGUCAAUACUAGAUUCACUUAAUGGCCUGAGGAUUCACUUAACAACCAUUAGAAAAAGAUCAUAAACAUUAGGUGGGAUUCCCUUAACAAUCACCAUGCUUAGCAUUGGAAAUUCUGUUUUCAAUUAUGGUCAUAUCCUGAGGACUUCCUGUAACUGAGCCCACAAUUUCGGUUGUAAGUCAUGAGAGUCAUAAAGAUUGCUUCGUGACCUGACCUGACGGUUGGUCAUUAAGCAAACAUUGUUUGCUAUGGAUUGGUUUUUAUGCUGGAAACCAGAAAUAAGCAUCAAUCAAGACAUUGUAAAUCAUGGUCAGAAGGUGCUGCAAACAGCUAUAAAUCUGGGCCAAUUGCGAAGCCAUCAAAUGACAGCCAUGUGAUUCCCUAUUGUACCUUUAAAUCUGGGUCAUAAGCCUCAUUUUCAGGGUUCAUGGUAACUUCAAACGGUUGCUAAGCAACCAGUCAUAAGUCAAGGAUUACCUGUACAUCCUACCUAGCCCCAAAUGAAUGUAUCAUAGUUCAGCAACGUCAAUCUAAUAAAAUUCCUCUAGCUUUGAUACCGAGAAACAAAAAAUAUUGGAGCAUCUCAAGAUUGUUACUAUUCAGCCGUCAAUUCUCAGACCUUACGGAAUUUACAUAAAGUGAAAAAAUUGCUGGCUUCAAUCAUAAAUUUCCAUAAAAAUAAGCCGUUGCUGGUUUCAGACAUGAAUUUCCAUAAAAAUAAGACAUGGUUUCGGUCAGCUUGGCUGAUAGAAGUCAGUUCACAAGCACUUUAAUAUUGUAAUCAAGAAAAUGAUUUGAAUGAUCUCACCAGGAAUUAAACUGAAAUCACCAGGACUUAAAACAGAACCUUAAAGUAAAGAUGGAAUAUUAUACCCGAUAUGCACUGGCUACUUUCCCCCCAGUUUUAGAGUGGUUUUAGAUUAAAUAUAUAGAAAGUAUAAUUUAGAGGCAAAUAAGCUUUUCUUGCCAGAGUUUGGCUUCAGCAGAUGACAGUUACCUGCCUUAAAUUAGGGCCGUCUUUGUUUUGGCUAAAUCUGAUUUUUAAAUUCAGACCCGCCAACAGAAUACAUUAAGCUUGAUAAUGUUAACUUUGUUUUUUCUUCUGGCUUAUUAUGUGAGGCAAACUCAUUCAAGGGUUUUGAAAUUUAGUGUGCUGUGCAAAAUAAAACCGGACUAAAUCUUA